CGCCAGCUAGUGUAUUGCGCAUCAAUGCAGGACGCGGAAUGCGCUAGCGCGGCGACGAAGGGUCCGUGACAAAGCGUCUGUGCCGAAGCGUCGAAGUAUCCAGGACGAAGCUUCUCUGACACAGCAUCUCUGACGAAGCGUUUGUGACAAAACGUUUGUGACGACGGAUCAGCGCGGCCGUGCCGAAGCGUCGAAGCGUCCGCAACGAGGCUAUUCACGUUCUUCCCUUCACGUGGCCUUUUCUGACGCGACUGCAGUAGUCCCAGACUGCUCCUUUUCGUAGCCGUUGUCGCGAGAUCGGCGUCGCGAUCAUGGCGAGAGCGACGAAGUUCGUGAAGCCGAUCGUGCUGUCCGUGUUCAUGUCCAACCGCUACAUCUACGCUCAGGUGGUUCAUCAGCCAACAGCAUUCACCCUCGCAUCUGCAUCCUCGAUAGAAGCACCGCUGCGCAAGUCCCUUACAAGCACAAGCGAUAAGAUUGCAGCCACGGAGGUUGGAAAGGCUCUAGCCUCUCGCAUGCUGGAUAAGCAGAUAGGCGCUGUGGCGUUUGAAUUAGGGCCCACUCAAAUGUACCAUGGAAAGCUCAAGUCGUUGCUGGAUGCACUUACUGGAUCAGGAGUGAAGCUCCUUUGAUAUAAGAAAAGGGUUUCGGGUAGUGUUUAUGCAUUGCCCAGGUGCGUGUAUCUUACUGGAUUGCAUUUGAAAGCUGUUGUUUGUGAUUCUUCCUUCAAAUUUGACGCUUUC